CCGAUAUACGUACACCUCGUAUCUCUAUUUGCUCUUAUAUCCAACUCACUGCUCUCAUUCUAUUUCUACCUCAAUCCAAACUGCAACACUCGUCUCCAAUUUCUUCAACACCGCAAUUCUCAGAUCAUGAGCAACCAAGCUGAGUCGUCCGAUUCGAAAGGUGCGAAGAAGGACUUCUCAACCGCGAUUUUGGAGAGGAAGAAGGCGGCCAAUCGCCUUGUCGUCGAUGAGGCGGUCAACGACGACAACUCCGUCGUCUCCCUCCACCCCGCCACCAUGGAGAAGCUCCAGAUUUUUCGUGGAGACACUGUUUUGAUCAAGGGGAAGAAAAGAAAAGAUACUGUCUGCAUUGCCCUUGCUGAUGAUGCAUGUGAAGAGCCAAAGAUUAGGAUGAACAAGGUUGUCAGGUCAAACUUGAGGGUUCGGCUUGGGGAUGUUGUAUCUGUUCAUCAAUGUCCAGAUGUUAAAUAUGGAAAGCGUGUGCACAUACUACCCAUAGAUGAUACGAUAGAAGGUCUCACUGGGGAUCUUUUUGAUGCAUAUCUCAAACCAUACUUUCUUGAAGCAUAUCGCCCUGUGAGGAAAGGAGACCAUCUUCUUGUGAGAGGUGGGAUGAGGAGCGUGGAAUUUAAGGUUGUUGAGACAGAUCCUGGGGAAUAUUGUGUUGUGGCUCCUGACACCGAGAUCUUCUGUGAAGGGGAGCCUAUCAGGAGAGAGGAUGAAGAUAGACUUGAUGAAGUUGGCUAUGACGAUGUUGGUGGAGUUCGGAAACAAAUGGCUCAGAUCCGUGAGUUAGUGGAGUUGCCACUGAGACAUCCUCAGCUAUUCAAAUCAAUUGGUGUGAAGCCUCCAAAAGGAAUUCUACUUUAUGGACCCCCAGGUUCUGGAAAGACUUUGAUUGCUCGAGCUGUUGCUAAUGAAACUGGUGCUUUCUUUUUCUUGAUUAAUGGUCCAGAAAUUAUGUCUAAAUUGGCUGGAGAGAGUGAGAGUAAUCUGAGAAAGGCAUUUGAGGAGGCGGAGAAGAAUGCUCCAUCUAUUAUUUUCAUCGAUGAAAUUGACUCAAUAGCUCCUAAGAGAGAGAAAACACAUGGAGAAGUUGAGAGGAGGAUUGUUUCCCAACUCCUGACUCUCAUGGAUGGUUUGAAAUCUCGUGCGCAUGUUAUCGUUAUGGGUGCGACUAACCGACCAAACAGCAUUGACCCUGCUCUUAGGAGGUUUGGUAGGUUUGACAGGGAGAUAGAUAUUGGUGUUCCUGAUGAAGUUGGACGCCUCGAAGUUCUUAGGAUUCAUACCAAGAACAUGAAGCUUUCUGAAGAUGUUGAUUUAGAAAGAAUCUCAAAGGACACCCAUGGCUAUGUCGGUGCUGAUCUUGCAGCUCUCUGCACAGAAGCUGCACUACAGUGCAUCAGAGAGAAAAUGGAUGUUAUCGACUUGGAAGAUGAUUCAAUUGAUGCAGAGAUACUGAACUCUAUGGCCGUAACAAAUGAGCACUUCCAUACUGCUCUUGGGAUAAGCAAUCCAUCUGCUUUGCGAGAGACAGUAGUUGAAGUACCCAAUGUCUCUUGGGAAGAUAUUGGAGGACUUGAAAAUGUUAAGAGGGAGCUUCAGGAGACUGUUCAAUAUCCUGUGGAACAUCCAGAAAAGUUUGAGAAAUUUGGCAUGUCGCCUUCAAAGGGUGUUCUAUUCUAUGGUCCUCCUGGGUGUGGUAAGACGCUGCUUGCCAAGGCAAUUGCAAAUGAAUGCCAGGCCAAUUUUAUUAGUGUGAAAGGGCCUGAACUGCUUACCAUGUGGUUCGGAGAGAGUGAAGCUAAUGUCCGUGAAAUAUUUGACAAGGCUAGACAAUCUGCUCCUUGUGUUCUCUUCUUUGAUGAGCUCGACUCUAUUGCUACCCAGAGAGGAGGCAGUGUUGGUGAUGCAGGCGGUGCUGCUGAUAGAGUUCUCAACCAACUUCUCACGGAGAUGGAUGGCAUGAAUGCCAAAAAGACCGUUUUCAUUAUUGGGGCCACUAACAGACCUGACAUAAUUGAUCCUGCGCUUCUUCGUCCAGGUCGUCUUGAUCAAUUGAUAUACAUCCCUCUGCCAGAUGAGGAUUCUCGUCAUCAAAUCUUCAAAGCCUGCCUUAGAAAAUCGCCCCUUUCCAAAGAUGUCGAUCUACGAGCUCUGGCCAAGUACACUCAAGGAUUUAGUGGGGCAGACAUCACAGAGAUUUGUCAGCGGGCUUGCAAAUAUGCCAUAAGAGAGAACAUCGAGAAAGACAUAGAAAGAGAGAAGAAGAGAUUAGAUAAUCCCGACUCAAUGGAUGAAGACGAGACUGAUGAAGUGUCGGAGAUCACACCCUCACAUUUUGAGGAGUCGAUGAAAUAUGCUCGUAGAAGUGUGAGUGAUGCUGAUAUACGCAAGUACCAGGCCUUUGCGCAGACCUUGCAGCAGUCUCGUGGCUUUGGGACGGAAUUCAGGUUUCCUGAAGCCACCGGGGGUGGGGCAUCUGGAUCCGACCCAUUUGCAGCCCCUGCCGGAGGAGCUGCUGAUGACGACGACUUAUAUAGUUAGGCUUGGAGUUGCAGAUAUAUAGUACUUUGCAGUUUAUGUUUCCAGAGUCUAUAUGAGUAUCUUCACCUGACACCAGCAAUGGUUUAUCUUUAGAUUACUUUUUUUUUUAACCUUUUGAGGAUUUAUUUAUGGAGUUAGUUACCUCUA